CCCCCCACAGCGGCCCCAAGCGUCCCUGGCCCACCCCGGGACCAUGCAGCCCCACGGUGACACCUCCUGUGGUGGCAUCUGCCACGGUGACACCUCCCAUGGUGGCAUCUCCCAUGGCAGCAUCUCCAACGGUGACAUUUCCCAUGGUGACAUCUGCUAUUGUGACGUCUCCCACGGUGACGUUUCCCGUGGUGGCAUCUCCCACCAUGACAUCUUCCACAGUGGCAUCUCCCAUGGUGGCAUCUCCUACGGUGACAUUUCCCAUGGUGGCAUCACCCACGGUGACAUCUCCCGUGGUGGCAUCUCCCACGGUGACUUUUUCUGCGGUGGCUUCUGCCCCAGUGGUGUCUCCUGCCAUGACACUUCCCACGGUGGCAUUGCCCAUAAGGACUUUCCAUCUCUUGGCUUCUGCCACGCUGGUGGCAUCUCUCAUGGUGGUGGCAUCUCCCACGGUGGUGACAUCUCCCAUGGUGGUGGCAUCUCCCACAACAGCAUCUCCUGCAGCUGUCACAUCUCCCAUGACAGCGUGUCCCCUGGUGGUGGCACCUCCCUUAACCUCCUCUCCCAUGGUGGUGACAUCUCCAGCGGUGGCAUUUCCCGUGGUGGCAUCUCUCACGGUUCUGUUUCCCCAACCAGCAGCACGUCCUACAGUGGUGGCAUCUCCCAUGGCGGCUGUGUCACCCACACCACCAGCACCUUCCAUGGUGGUGGCACCUAUCAAGGUGGCAUCUUCCAUGGCGGUGGCA